AUGUUUUCAAACAUUAGUAGUAGAAGCGGUCAAGCAUUGAAUGUAUUGAAUAGAGUAUGUCCAUUCUUGCACACCAGUCGUACCGUUGCCAGUUCCGUUCAACAGGUUCAACAGAUCACUCCUUCUCAUCCAACAUCACUCACACCAGAGAAUGCAAAGGAUUUCUUUGAAAAAUGUCCAUUUGCUGGUGUUGUUGAAGAGGGUAUUAAACAAGAUGGUGGAGAACAAGGUUUGAAAGUAUUGUCACAUUUGAUUGACCCACAACAAAGUCAACUUGUUAUUGAGGAGAAGAUCGUCAAGGAUAUGAUUGAGAAGGAGCAAUGCAAACAUCAAAUGCAGAACAACAAACAAGCAUCGUUCCACUAUCAAGAGAAUUUCGAAGAGGUCAUCGAUAAUCUCAAGGAAGAAGGAAGAUAUCGUGUGUUCACCACCAUCCAAAGACAAGUUGGUCAAUUCCCAUAUGCCAAGAAGUACUCAAAUGUAGAUUAUUCAGAUCAACAGCUGCUACAACAACAACAACAACCACAACAGAAUAUCAAUAGUUUAGUUUCAGGUGCACAAAUUCUUCAUAAACAAGAGAUAGAGAUGAUCGAGGAUGAGGAGUUGUUGGAUUUGGAUCAGGAAUUGGGUGCUGAAGGUGAGGUCGCUGUUUGGUGUAGCAACGACUAUCUCGGUAUGGGUCAGAACGAAUUGGUGUUGAAUGAAAUGACCAACUCGAUUCGUCGUAUGGGAGCAGGAUCCGGAGGUACUCGUAACAUCUCUGGAACAACCUCGGAACACGUUCGUUUGGAGCGUGAGUUGGCCGAUCUUCACUACAAGGACAAUGCCUUGGUGUUUGGUUCGUGCUACGUCGCCAAUGUCUCGGCUGUGACAUCGAUCGCCGCUGCUCUUCCAGAGUGUGUAAUCCUCUCUGAUGCCAAGAAUCACGCGUCUCUCAUCGAGGGUAUUAGAAACUCGCGUCUCGAAAAGUACGUGUUCCGUCACAACGACGUCGACCACCUCGAGUCGCUUCUCAAGAAGAUCGACCCGGCACGUCCAAAGCUCAUUAUCUUUGAGUCGGUCUACUCCAUGGACGGAACGAUUGCGCCAAUCGAAAAGAUUUGCGAUCUCGCCGACAAGUACAAAGCACUCACCUUUAUCGAUGAGGUGCACGCCGUCGGAUUGUACGGACCUCGUGGUGCCGGUGUCUGUGAGCGUGACAACCUUAUGCAUCGUAUUGACAUCAUCUCUGGAACACUAGGUAAAGCAUUUGGAGUGUACGGUGGUUACAUCGCGUCGAAUCGUCAUAUUAUCGACACGAUCCGUUCGUUGUCUCCAGGUUUUAUCUUUACCACUUCAUUGCCACCUUCGAUUGCUGCAGGUGCGCGUGCCUCCGUGAACUACUUGAAAAAGUCGGAGCGCGAAAGAGCAAUGCAUCGUGAACGUACCGAUCGUCUAAAGCAGUCGUUGCGUGACGCCAAGCUGCCAUUGCUCGAGUCGCCAUCGCACAUCGUUCCAUUGAUCGUAGGUGACUCUGCACUCUGCAAGAAGAUGUCAGACUAUCUCAUGAAGAAACAUCGUAUCUACGUGCAACCAAUCAACUACCCAACCGUGCCAAAAGGAACCGAGCGUUUCCGUCUUACACCUUCACCAGUACACAACGACGAUGCUAUCAGCAACCUCGUCAAAGAGGUGGCAGAAAGAAUCAAUAAUAAUUAUCAACUUGAAGAGGAGUUACAACAGGAACAACCACUAAUACCAGACAACAACAAACAACAACAAGAUAAACAAGAUUUACUAAAUAAUAAACUUGCUGUGAAUAACAACAACAACAACAAUAAUAAUAAUAAUACGUUGAUUAAUAAUCAAUCACAUUCAUUGAAAUACUGGGUAGAUUCAAGUGUUCCUAUCAUUCCUGUUGCUGUUGUUCAUUGUUUGCGUAGCGUAGAUCGUAUCAGACUAUUGAAUAAUAUUCGUGGUGUCACAAAGAAACUAGAGUCCAUUCCAAGUGCUGCUACUCUUCUACUAAGUGGUGCGAAUCGAUCAACUGUUGUUGUUGCUUCAGGUGUUGUGUGUUUUGGUCUCGGAUUCACUAUAUACGCACUCAUUAGACAUUUAACUGAAGACGACGAAGACGAAGACGAUUACCAAACAUAUCAUCAAUACGUUCCAACCUCAAUACCCUCAAAAAACAAAAUUAGAACCCUAAGAACAAAAUAUAACUACAAUCCAAACAUCAAAGAAUCACACUACUAUAUACCAACCAUGAAUCACAUCAAUAGACCACACAAUCCACAACCAUUUAUACUUUCAAACUAUUUUUAUAAUACUAUAAAUUAUUUAACAAGAUAUGUCUAUGGCUCAACUCUAAGUCCAACUGACGAGACCAAUCGGUUUUUACUUGAUUUAUACGGAUUGUAUGGCAGCCAACAUCCAGAGUUUAGAAAUACAUCAUACAACGAUGCUGUACAGUAUGCUCGUUCACAAUUUAAACUGUUAAUUGUUUAUGUACAUUCAGGCAGUCAUCCAGGUGCUCAACAAUUUUGUCGAGAUGUUAUUUUUACAGAAUCAUUCUCUAGAUUUAUAGAUGAGAAUUUUAUUAUAUGGGGAUGUGAUGUUGCUUACUCUAAUGGACUGUUAAUAUCGAAUAAUUUAGAGGCAUCGACCUUUCCCUACUUGGCAAUAGUUUGUUGUAAUAAUAUACAGGGAAUUUCAAACGGUUCUCAGACAUUGCGUUUAGAAUAUUUCCAAGGUUCCUCAUUGAACUCUGAAAACAUUAUAAAUCUUCUCACAAAUUCCGCUUCAACCUAUGAGCCAUCUCUUAUUGCUGCAAAAGCUGACCAUGAUUUAAGAGAACAAGAUAGAAUGAUUAGAAUGGAACAAGAUGAGGCAUAUGAAAUUUCACUUAGAGAGGAUCAAGAAAAAGAGAGACGAGCAAGAGAAGAGGAACGCUUGAAACAGGAGGAAGAAGAUAGAUUGCUUAGAGAAGAACAGGAGCGUGUCAACGCACACAAUAGACUCAUAGAGAUUAAACGUGCAAAGGAAUCAAAUUUUUUGGUGGAACCAAAGACAAACAUCACAAGACUGGCAAUCAGACUGGUCGAUGGUUCAAGAGUACAGAGAAACUUCAAUCAAACCGAUACAAUUCAAGUGGUUUUAGAUUUUGUAGACACCAAAAUAGAAGAGUCUAUCGAUAACUUUAUACUAUCAACCAACUAUCCAAAGAGACAACUAACCGAAUUACAUCAAACACUAUCUGAGGCCGGAUUGGUACCUGAUGGCUCACUAUUUUUAUCAGAGAAAUAA